AGCGGAAAUCCGGGUCACUUUAAGCCCUGGGCCGUUCCCCCUCCCGCUUUUGGUGGAGGGUAGUGCUGGAAGAUACAAGGGGUAUCUCUGUGGCUGCUCCUCCAGUAGUUAUAGACACCGCAUUUAUGCACACUGGAGAGCAGUGCUGACUAGGGGUGGAGAACGUGUGAUCUUUCAGACGUUGGAUUGCAGCUCUCAUCAGUCCUAGCUAGCAUAGGCAGUGGUGAGGGGAUGAUGGGAGUUGCAGUCCAUUAUCUGGAGGGCUUUGUUUUCCCUCGGAUCAAGAUGAAAAGAUUUGCUUGGAAGAUGCGGUUCCAGCCUUCAUGAGCUUUUUUGUAAGGCAAUCCUGUAUAUGUCGGUGCAGAAGUUAGGUACUACCAAAUUAAGUACUACACCCUCUCCCUUUACUGCCACCACCUCACACUGGAAGGCAAGCAGGCUAUCUAGAAAGCCUCAUCAGCCAGAGAAAGCAGCUGGGACAGCUUUCCAGAGACUCAACUAAAAUGUCUGGCUCCGAGAGUGUCAGGCAUUUUUGCCUGGCCAGCAGUUUGAAGAACCAUGCUGGCUAUUUCUUCAGCCAAUGUAAUCUUAAAGACCCCUUCUGCUUGCAUUUGGCUUGCAUGGAGUGGAUUUUCAAGCCUGAGGGUAGUAGCUGUUGUUGGAGCCCCACCAGCUGCUCUCUUGCUGUGGCAGAUAACUGUGACAGGAAAGCGACUGAUGAGGCUGUCACGGGCACCCGUUGGAGGAAGAGGAGGAGGAGGAGAUGAGCCAUCCUGGUGGGAGUGGUGGUAGAGCAAUGAAAUUGACCGCUCCUACAGCUUCAUGUGAGGGUGAGCCUAUUAGCACAGAAUAAAUUAGAAAGAUCCAAGGAGAACCAAAUGGUAGGAGGAGUCUGGGGAUAAGGAGUUGCAUUGGAAACUGAAGACUACUUCUGCAAUAACAUGUUUUACACCUGUUUUCCCUACAUUCACAGGGAAUGGCCAAUGGCUUUCUCAUGGAAGUAUGUGUUGACUCAGUAGAGUCUGCUGUGAAUGCAGAGAGAGGAGGUGCUGGCCGCCUUGAGUUGUGUGCCAAUUUGAUGGAAGGAGGAACUACACCUAGUAUAGGGCUUCUCCAAGUGGUGAAGCAGUGUAUACAGGUGCCUGUUUUUAUGAUGAUUCGUCCCCGUGGAGGGGACUUUCUCUAUUCGGACCGGGAAGUGGAAGUGAUGAAGGCUGACAUACGACUUGCUAAGCAACAUGGGGCUGAUGGGUUGGUGUUUGGAGCCUUGACUGAAGAUGGACGCGUGGACACAGAACUCUGUGCCGCACUGCUGGCAGCUUCUCGUCCUCUGCCAGUUACCUUCCACAGAGCUUUUGACAUGAUAUAUGACCCUCUGGCAGCCUUGGAAACACUGAUAUCAAUGGGUUUUGAACGAGUGCUGACUAGUGGCUGCGACAGCUCUGCCUUGGAGGGGUUGCCUUUGAUAAAGCGGCUGAUAGAUCAGGCUAAGGGCAGGAUUGUUGUAGUGCCAGGGGGAGGAAUAACUGAGAGGAACCUGCAGAGAAUCCUUGAAGGCUCUGGUGCUUCUGAGUUCCACUGCUCAGCACGCUCAGCCAAUGACUCAGGCAUGAAGUUCAGAAAUCCCAGUGUUACCAUGGGCGCCUAUCUCUCUACCCCUGAAUAUUCCAUCAAGGUGGCGGAUGUGGCUAAAGUGAGGACCCUGAAUGCAAUUGCAAAGAAUAUCCUGUAGAGCUGUGGGACAGGAAGACGCACUGCUCCCAAGCCAUAGGCAUAGACAUUUCUGCAACAUCCAUGCCAGCAUUUAAAGGACAUGAGUUGAUCAGAUGAAAAUGCCUCUGCUUGUUUUCCUGCUAUUCUAAAUCCUUGUCUUGCUCCACAGGGUCAUUUCCUUAAAUGUUGUGAGUGCUAUACAUCUAUGGGGAGCAAGCUAUUGGGAGGGAUGGGACUUGGCUAAAGGGGCAUUUACCACUAAGCAAUGCCCUCUGUGACCAUCACUUCUCAAAUAAAUCCCGAAGUCACUCCA